AUGGAUAUCAACCAUCAUCUUCUCACUCUAGCUAUUGGCGACAAGCUGCAUCUAGCACCGCUGAAAAAGGACAUAGAAAGGGCAGUUGACAUCGGCACUGGGACAGGUAUCUGGGCCAUUGACUUUGCAGAUGAGCAUCCUGGAUGCAAGGUGAUUGGGACUGACAUAUCACCUAUCCAACCUGGUUGGGUGCCGCCAAACUUGGAGUUUCAUAUCGAUGAUUGUACGCAAGAAUGGACCUUUGCGCCCGAUUCCCUCGACUACGUCCACAUGCGAUACCUGACUGGCAGCAUUGUCGACUGGAGCGCAUUGUUCCGUGAAGCUUUCAGAUGUUGCAAGCCAGGAGGAUACGUCGAAAGCCUAGAAUCAGCACCAUGGCUAGAAAGCGACGAUGGAACCGUUACUGAUAAGACGGCUAUGUUUCAAUGGGGGAGGCUCUUUGUUCAAGGUGGUCUUACUAUCGGUCGUUCAUUCACUCUGGUGGACGAUGAGGAUCAGCGGAAGGGGAUGGAAGCCGCUGGGUUCGUCGACAUUAAAGAGUUCAACAUCAAGGUUCCUCUUGGAGACUGGCCGAAGGACCCAAAGUUGAAAGAGAUGGGCCGAUUCUCACGGGCCACUUUGGAGCAGGAUACCGAAGGUUACGUCCUGUAUAUGGCUACUUCGGAGGGUUGGUCAAGAGAGGAGGUAUCCGUCUAUGCUGCGAGGCUGCGGCGUGAAAUGCGGAACAGCAAGAUUCACGCCUAUUUCCGCAUGAAGGUGGUUUGGGGUAAAAAGCCCGAAUAG